AUGAACAAGUUACCGUGGAACCAGAUGAUCGAGCCCGGGGAAACUUCUGAGGUGAUGAAGAUGCUCGAAGCAUUGAUAAAGCAAGUGGAGUCUAGCGAGAAAAAGAAAGAGGCCAACGGCAAGAAGGUGGAAACUUAUAACUCCAGGGUCAAUCAGAUCCCGCGAGCACCCCAAAUAUUGAAGGGGCCAGAUUCCAAAGAAUUCGUUCAGAAGCCUUUCCUUCUGAGCGCGGUACUAAAGCAGAUCUCGAAGAGGUCUAAGAGAAUCAUCGACCAGGAGCCAAGGCUGGUUCGAGAUCGAUACCAGCUGUAUGGUGCAGAUCAGAGGGAAAACAAAUCCGGGCACCACCCGACAAGGAACAACAACAGAAAUGAUCAAGGACCGAGCAACCGAGGCCUAAUGAGAAAAAGCGAUUUUGAUAGGUUGCUCAGGGGUAGCUCGGCCAACAUCAUCCGAAGGAGGGUCGUAGAACAAUUGGGAUUGUCGGACCAAGUAAUACCAACAGUCUGGAUGUUGUACGGGUUCAACACGGCUUGCGAGACAACGAAGGGUGAGAUAACUUUACAGGUAAACACUACUAGGACAACCCAGGAAACAAAGUUCUACAUGAUCGAGGGGGAUAUGAGGUACAAUUCCUUGUUCGGAAAGCCAUGGGUUCACAGUAUGAGAGCGGUGCCUUCAGCCUUACAUCAAUCGUUGAAAUUUCCCACUCUGGGAGGAGUCAAAACAAUCUACGGGGAACACUCGGCCGCAAAGAAAAUGUUCGAUGUCGAUAAAGUAAUCCUGGAGCCCGUUGUGAGCACGUAA